AUGAUAUGGAAUGAGAACAAGAACUGUGAUGCGGCUUUCACUGCUGAGACGAGUAGGGGAGGACUGGGAAUUAUUUUUAGAGACCAUUCUGGAGUUUUGGUUAAGGCUCGCUCCAUCCCUCUUGUUCUUGGUUCGAUCAUCCAGGGAGAACUGUUGGCAAUUCGUGAUGCUCUACUUCUGGCUUUAGAGCUGGGAUAUGAUAACCUUGUGGUGGAAUCAGAUAGCUUGGAUGCUAUUCUUUUUGUUGAGGAGUCAAAGUCCUCAGGGUGGGAAGUGGAGGACUUAGUAGUGGACGUGACUACGCUAAGGACUUCUUUUUCCUCUGUUAUCUUCUCUUUUGUUCCUAGGGCUAUGAACUGUGUCUCGGAUGCUCUAGCAAGGAAGGCGUUGUCUAUUGGGUACAGGACAGAUUGGCCAAACUCCAUUCGGUGGCUUCAGGACCUUUGUGUGACUGAUGCCACUGGUUGUACUCACCCCUCUCAUCAAUAA